AUGGUGUCCGCCGUGAAAUGCAGUUUUGCCGUGGCAGUUAUGAUUAGCUUGGCUUGUUCGGCUUUUGCCAUCAAGUGCUACCAAUGCGAGUCGCUUACAAAACCCAAGUGCGGCCUGAAGUUUGAGGCUGAUGAUAGUAUGUUAUUGGAUUGCUCACAAAUGGGACCACAUCGUAAUGUGCAGAACUUCUUCAUCCAACGCAAUGCAACUGGCUGCAUAAAGAAGACCCUCGAAAGUGGUGUGGGUCAUCCGCAGAUCGUUCGAUCCUGUUACUUCGGUGACAUCAACAACAUUCAGAGUGGUUGCCAGGCGGAUCCUGCCCUGCCCUUCGUCAAGCAGCUGGGAUGUGAUGUCUGUACCAAGGAUGAAUGCAACGGUUCCGCCUCUCUUGCACCUCUGGCCGGAGCCAUUUUGCUGUUCUUUGGCCUAGCCUACCUGUUGGCCUAGAUCUCUUAUCUUUACUUUUGGUCCUAGCUCUAAACAUUUUGUUGUAUUUUUUGCAAUUUGCUUUCUUUGUAUUAACUGCAUUUGAUUUAAUCAGUUCUCAUAGUUAUGAAACAUUAUCGUUUAAAUUUGUGUCUUUCUUAAAUGCAAUUGCAAAAUAAAGUUAUACAUUGUAU